AUGGUUAGGAAUUUCGAGGAGAAAAAAUAGAAAGUCUUGAAAUUUUUUUUUGAAUGUCUUGAACGUGUAUUUCCGGUAAAAUAUUGAGUAAUUUAUAUUUUAUUCAAAGCGGAUCCUUGGGUUUUUUAGAAUCAAAAAAGCAAAGAACCCCGUAUUUUUUUUUUACUAAUUUUCAAGAUUACGCCAGAAUGAAUGAAGGAACGGUGUACACAAGCCUACAUUAAAGGGAAUAUUCGAGAAAAAUUGAAGAAUCUAGUUUUAAAAAUUUUGUAAAAUGGUUCGAAAAAUUAUCAAUUUUUACCGCCAUAUGCCUUUUAGGUACCUUUUGAACCUUUUUAAAUUAACUUUUUGUACCUUUUCGAACUAAUUUUCAAAAAAAUAUACGGGUCUCAUACCGUGUAGUUUGCUGAAAAAAGAUUUUUGUAAUUUUCAAUUUUCAAAAAAUGUGAUUUUUAGUUUUGACGUUUGAAAUUUUGAGAAGAAUCAUGGUUGAAGAUUAUUUUUAGGGCACGAAGAUAGUUAUCAGAAAAUCUUCAAAUCAAAUUUUCGAUGGAAAAGGAUUUUAAGAGGGGUUAAAGCCAGUGCAAUUUUCGGGAGGUGUUGAUUUUUUAAGUGAAGAAUAAAGUGGGGACGACGUACGUCAGGCUUGUGGAGCCGGAUUGGAACGGGCUCAAAAGACGCUUAAUCUUCGUCGCCCCACCACAAUUUUUCCAUUGGUUGGCGUCGUCCGAGCCCUUCUUUCUCCUUUUUUUCCCGUUUCGAGGGACACGAGAAGGGGCAGAAUAUAUAUUUAGACAGAGAGAAAGAGAGAGCCGUUUUUAAUUAUAACGAGCCGUAUCCUUUCCAUAUUGCUGCAUUCCUUCGGGGCCUUGAAAAAGAAGACGACUCAUUAAAUUAAUCCGACUGGACAGCGUCUAUUAAAGAGUUAUGGGUAUUUGAAAGAAAUAUGUCUAUUUAUUUUUUUGAAGCUUUUUAAGACUCUGGUGGUUUAGUGGAAAAAUCUGGGCGUUCAUGUAGUUUUUGAAGGAAAGAAAUUUGAUUUUGAAAAAUUAAAAAGAAAAAUGAGUUGGAAAAUCCAACUUCCUAUCAUUGAAAUUUUAUAUGCUCGAAAUGGGACAAAAAAGUGGGUUUCUGAAAGAAAGAUGGCUUUGAAGGAGUAGGUUAACGAAAAAAGAGGGUUGAAAAAUCAUUGUAUAGAACUUCUCUUUGAAAAUUUUCAUGGCCUACUACAAAAUUGUCAAAAAUUGGGCACGCCAACGUAAAAAAAAAAUCGGAAGUCCAAUAAACUUCAAAAAACUUACCAUAGCAUCAAUUUAGACCCAUUUUUCGGGUCUUAGGAAUUAUUAUUUCCUUCAUUGUUCCUUUCUUUAGUUCUAUAAGCUGGAAAACAAGAAUCAUAGCUUUCCUGCUUUUUUUUUCGCUUUUUUAGACUUUCCUAGUAAUGCAAAUGGGAGUGCAAAAAGGAGGAAAAGGGCGGCAUUCGCCAAUUAUCAUAUUGGCGAAACUCGACCUUUCUGCUCUGGGCUCUUUGGAGCAAAAGACCUGCAAAAACCAAAAAGCUAAUGAGAUAAUAAAGGGCUCGUGAGAGACUUUCUGCUGUAAAGAAAAAGCUUUCAAAAUAUUACUUUGAGCUGAGCAAUGUGUAAAAGGUGUCAACAAAAUAACUGAGUGAAAGGAAAGACAACUUUUUCAGGCGGAUUCUCAACUCGACCUGAGUAACCGAGAAGAGGCCCUGGCCGCCGUGGAACGUGUCGUCGAACUCUUGGAGGAUCAUUUCGGCUGGCCUGAACGAUGCAAACCUCCGGCCGGACAGCCGAGACUUGGCCCCGCUCCACAGUUCACCUUUGAGAUCCAUGUUCGUCUUUUUUCGAUGAGAAAAUAGAAGGAAGGUCUUCCAUAGCAAGUCUAGAACAACAUGAGGUCUCAAAGAGUUUGAGACCAAAAAAAAAAUGUUUUUUUCUUUCAAAACAGCGUAAAUUGCUUUUUUGAGAAAGUAAGAAACAGAAAUUUGGUAAGUUAAGAACGUGAAACUCUUUGGACCUUGGUAAUGCGAACCGGACGCGGAUCAGACGUGUCGGAAAAUUUCUAGGGAUCACUUAAGCGUACUGAAGCAACUAAACUCUAGGGAUCACUGAAAUGCCGACGCUACUAGACUCUAGGGACCACUAAAGAGUACUGACGUUACUAAAUUCAAGGAAUCAUUUAAGAGUACUGAAGCUACUAGGUUCUAGGGAUCACACUUAAAAGUGCUCACGCUACUAAUGGUAAGUUCUAGGGAUCACUUGAGAGGGCUAACGCUACUAGAUUAUAGGGAUCACUUAAGAGUGCUGAAGCAACUAUUUUCUAGAGAUCACUUAAGAGCGCUGACGCUACUAAAUUCUAGGGAUCACUUAAGAGUUCUGACACAGCAAAAUUCUAGGGAAUACUUAAGAGGGCUAACGCUACUAAAGUAGUCACUUGAAUUGCCUUGACACGUCCGGUUUGCGUUACCAAGGUCCGAGUCGGAGUUCUUUGAAAAAACCAUAAAAAAUAUGCGGUCGCCGGAAUAUUUUGAAACUGUUUUUAUAAAAGGCCUGGUCAAAUUGACGAUCGAACCGACUGGAAUAUUGGAAAAAACUAGAAAUUUGAGGCAUUUUUGAGAAUCUCUCCGUUAAAGGUUUAGCUCACAUUUUCAAAAGCUAAGCGUACUUUUUUGAGAGAAAAAUGUUCUAGUCAAAAGUUUAGAGUUCAGUAGUUUCAUGAGGAACUUUCCGAAUUCCUUACUCCAAAAAUGAAAUUUUUCUUUAAGACGUUCAGAAAUCUUCAUUCCGACCUAGAUAGAGCUUUUGAAAGAGAUUAUAGAAAGUUCCUAUCAAGAUGUUCACUCCACCUGGGCAUUUACAGGGAGACGAGCCGGACAGAUGGCGCUACGUGAUGAACAGCAUCCGGCAGGAGAUGACCCGAGAAGAGGCGGCCUUCAGAGAGAUUCGAAACCGCGACCUCAUCCAUGGACGUCGGAAACGGAGUCGCCUCGCCGAUUGGCUCAGCCGCAAGUUUGGCCGACGACACGGCGCUCCUCAUUCCAAUGGUUUCCUCUAUUGGCUCGACUUUUUUGAUUAACCAGCAAUAUUUUAGUAUCAUCCUGGUCGGUGGACGACGUCUGCUCCUGGCUGAACUCCCUCGGCCUUUCACAGUACUCUCCGCAGUUUAAGAACAAUGACGUUCAGGUUGGAGAUGAUUAGGAAUGGAUUUUUGGAAUUGGGAAAAUUUUCAACUUCGAAUAUGGUACUCUGAGACACUGGUAACGCAGUCCUUACAUUUUUUGGAAGUAAGGGAACACCUAAGGGCUCUCUAGGUUAUCCGUGUUUUAAGUUUGGCUCCAAAUUCUAAGCAUAUAUUUGUAAUUUGGACUGUUGGAAAGACUGGAAAGACGAAAUUAUUUUAUUUUAAUUGUUCCGAAGUACUUAAUCUUUAUGAAAGAGUGCAUUUUGAAAAACAUAUGUAAGAGCAGAUUCAAUAAAUCGGAAAUUUUGAGCCAAAAAAGAAGAUUUUUGGUUCAUUUUUCAAGCCGUGAAACUUUAAAUGUUAUGAAAAGUAGCUCAUUAAGGACUUUUUGUUUCAAUAUUCGCCAUUUUCCGCCCAGAACUAUUUUUGCCCCUUCUUUUUUAUUUAGAUCAUUUUUUCGGCUUCAUUUCAAAGAUUAUUUGGAGAUAUCAUAAUCAAAAUUAUUCUCCUUUUGCUUCCAGGGAAAUGAACUGAUUCAUCUGGAACGCGGCGAUUUCAAGGAUUUGGGUGUCAACAAAAUCGGACACGUCAAACGAUUGCAGGUGCAUUUUUUUUCUCGGAUAUGAAAUUGGAAAUAGUUAUUUUGGUUGCCAGUUAAUCAAAGAGAGAGAAAUCAGAUUAUGAAAGAUCAAAAAACGCCGUUUUUUCCGCCAUUACUGAAAAUUGUGAAUCAGAAAUAAUUGUGUGCGACAAACACAAUUAGCAGUCAUUCUUGCUAUUUGGAACGCUUUGGAAAAAAAAUCAGGCCUGAGUCAGAAUUGGCAAGGGACAUUUUGUUCACAAAAGAACUUGAAAAUAUGUUAUUUUUUUCGAAAAAGGUGGCUUUUUUCAAGUUUAUAGUUGGGCAGUGAAUGAAAGGUACCGAAAAUAGGUUUUUUUUCAAAUCAAAUGAACUUCAAUCCCAAAAACUGUUCCAAAUGUUUUAAGUGACCUCUAAGAGAAAUAUCAGAAAAUUUGAACCUUCAUUGCGUGGUCUAAAAUUUCGGAAUCCAGAGCUCAUAAAGGACCAAAAUAACCGCUGAAAACUUCUCUUCGUCUCGAGACCUUCAUAAAACCUGCCUAUGCUUCUUUAAAAUCUCCAAAAAGAUAUUUGAAACACACUAUAACUCUUUCAUUUCCUGCAGUCGGCCAUCGAAGAGCUCCGAGAAAAGGACAACGAAAAGCGACGCUCCUCCCGACACAGCAACGCCACCACGUCCGCCAACACAACGACCACAAAGCCCCGGGGACAUUUCCGGGACAAGGCCGGGUCCCAAGACCUGGGCGGGCCGUCGAAAAUGCGCAAAGGCGCCAGUUUAUCCGUGGAGCGCAGAAGCAGCGCCUCCGCAGUCACCAACUCUGAACAGCCCAGUCUCAAUAGCCUGUGA